AUGCACGCAAGUGGGUUAAUCAGCGUGGCCGUGUGUCUCAGCAACAGGUCGCCGAACGAGAUCGAAGGCACGAGCCUGGGCAACCGAGCCUCGGUCCUGCGGGACAACCCAGCCUUCCGGCCGGACUCGGCGCCCCACCCGCUCAUCCUCGAGAACCACCUGUUCCAGCCUUUCGGCCUCCACGCCGAUACGCCCACGCAUCCGCAAACUGCGCCCCACACGCCCACGGAGCUCGAGCGCGAGCUUAAGCGCGAGGCCUCCGAGGAACGGGAGCGCAACGCCGAGCACAAGGACGGCGUCGCCGAAGAUCUGCGGAUAAAGCAGGAGCCCGACGAGCGGGAGCGCGCUAACGGGUUGAGCAUCGGCAGCUCGAGGCGCUCGGAUGGCCUGUACGGCUCGGCCCAGCGCAGCUACGAGGGCGCGGUUGCCGCGUUGCCCUGCAGCAGCAGCACCACCACCAGCAGCAGUCUCCAGCACGGCUACGUGAACAGCAGCCACGUCGAGUUGCCGUCCACCUCGACCACCUCCCACCAUCUCCAGCAUCAGCAGCAGCAAUUGUCGUCGCCGCCGUCGUCGGUGCCGCCCGCACUGCCCUCGUCCUCGCCGACCUCGUCCUCGCAGUCGCCGCUCUCGCCCUCGAUACCGUCCACGUCUCGGGGCCCGACCGGCAAGAGUCCGCCCAACGGCCGCGCCGGGGCCGCGGGACCAGGUAGGAGCCCGAAGUUUGCCGCCUCGCGCACCACUCCAGUACUCAGUCCCACCGACCCCACGUCUCCCGUAUCCUGGUCCUCGACGGCCAAGCUCAACAAAAAGCUCACUUAUGUCACUGCGCCCGACGGUC